GUUCACAAGCAUCCUUUUCCAAUAAGCACAGUAAAAAUCUUGGGCUUCGUAUAUCUCUCUAAAUUAUUUUUAUUACAUAAGUACAGCCCUAUUUACACACAAUUUACCAGUAAAUACAUACACAUACGAUCGGUGAAUUGCUUUGAGCAAGUAAAUUUACUGAUUCAAUUAAAUGUUUGGUUCUCGAAGUUUAAUACGAUUGUGAACGAAUCACUUGGUUUGCUGUGGUGAGAUGGUGUUGUGGUGCUGCUGACGGAUAGAUGGAUGUGUGUAUGAUGUGUGUUAAUGCGAAACUGUGCUGGCUCUGGAUAUAUUUUGUGCAUAUUUGUGUGGAUGGUAAUUUACCACAGAAAGUGAUGUUUCCUCAAAUCAGUGAGAGGUAAAAUUAUACUGAUAAUAUAAAGACAAAUAUUCGUUGUAAGUGAAUAUGGCGUCUGCUGAUCAAGUUGGUCUAAAUAAGACCUGGGAACUUUCUCUUUACGAGUUGCACCGUACUCCUCAAGACGCAAUUACGGACAAUACUGAAAUUGCAGUUUCGCCACGCAGUCUUCACAGCGAAUUGAUGUGUCCAAUAUGCCUGGAUAUGUUAAAGAAGACAAUGACAACCAAAGAGUGUUUACACAGGUUUUGUUCGGACUGCAUUAUAACCGCAUUGCGUUCUGGCAAUAAAGAAUGCCCCACAUGUAGAAAAAAGUUGGUUUCAAAGCGUUCAUUGAGACCAGACCCUAACUUUGAUUUGCUUAUAUCAAAAAUUUAUCCCAGUAGAGAUGAAUAUGAAGCACACCAAGAAAGAGUCUUGGCAAAAUUGAACAAAAGCCAUAGCCAAGCUGCUCUUGUCAAUUCAAUUACUGAAGGAAUUAAGUUACAGUCCCAGAAUAGGCCACAACGUCCAAGGAAGAAUGCAAGUGACACCCAAGUUACUCCUAAUAAUACCCCAAAUGUAAGUGCUCCAUCAACUCCUACACCAAAUGAGCCCCGUGAAAACAUUCCUCCAACCCAAGUACCCCCUACUCAACCAUCUCCAGUGUCAUCUUCUGCAUCUGCAUUGUCCCCUGGACAGACCUCUGGAGGGAGUCAAUCACUUCAAUCACAACCUUCAGUGCAACCACAAGCUUCAUCACAUAGCCCAUCUCUUCCUAGUAAAAGUGCCAAACGUUUAAAAUCCCACCAAAAUUCUGAAAAUGAUUCAGGUGGUUCUAGCGCUGAAGCAGGUAGUCACGAUUCUUCGGUGGGAGAAGGGGAUGGUCCUUCUGAGCCAGUGACAAUUAAUGAAAUUGAGCUUGUGUUUAAACCUCAUCCAACAGAAAUGGGUGGUGAUAAUACAUUGAUUAAAGCCCUCAAGGAAAAUUCAGUUCGCUAUAUUAAAACCACUGCAAAUGCUUCAGUGGAUCAUUUAAGCAAAUAUCUGGCAAUGAGACUGACUCUUGAUCUGGAUCACGAGCUUCCAGAAACUCUGCGACUUUUGAAUUUCUGUAUUUACAUUGCUCCCACACCUGGACAGUUGGUUGUACUAAAUGGUAACCAAACACUGCGACAAGUAAAUGAGAAAUUUUGGAAGGUUAACAAACCCCUUGAAAUGUACUAUUCUUGGAAGAAAUCCUAGGGACAAAGCAGAAUGUGAAUUUCAGCAUGAGUUACGCUGUUUAUAGGUUCACUCAUUUCAUCAUAGCAAUUGAGAAUGAGAUGACAAUUAUGUUGCAUUAUGAAAAUAUAAUUCAGUAACGUAUUAAUCAUGUGAAACAAAAGCGUGAUGUUGUUUAAAAUAGAUUAAAUGAACUGUAUUGGACUAAAAUGACUAUAUUAUGGAUACACAUGGUUGUAAAUAAAUAUGAUAUGAUCGUGAAGAUGAAGUUCAUUAAUCAAUGAAAAUCUCUACCAUGUAGAGAAUAGAUUAAUGGUGAUAAUGUUUAUCAUUACUCAUUUAAUUAUUUUAGUGAUAAAAUGGUUUGAGAGAUUGUCCAGAGAUGAACUGACCUAAAAUAAUUUAACCAUGAUAUUUACUUACCCACUCAAAAUAAAAGUACUUUUAUACAUUGUAUUCUGUAAUGAGAAAUGUAUUUUGUUGAAUGCUGAAAUUUUACAUUUAGGUCAUUAAAAUAUUUAUAUGAACAAUUUCCUGAUUUGAAUCUCAUUGUGAGUUUCCAAAUACUUGUUAUUUUAAACAAAGUAUUUCAAAUUUUCUUUUGCAAAUCUUGAAAUAUGUAUAAAAUGCAUUAAGUAUUAAAUUUUAACUUUUUUAUCUUUCUUGAAAUCACACUAUGUGCACUUCUUCUGACAAUAUUUUAAAUUAAUUAAAUCUCACAUUCAAUAGAUAUUGAACAUCUAAUAAUGUCAUAGCAUUUUGAAUGGGUGAUGAGAAAUAUUGUGCAAUUUAAAUACAGUGACUUGCAUCAGGUCAGUGGUGAGAGUUAUCCAAUCAGGAGCUUCAAUAUAUAAAUUUGAUGACUUAACAAAGUGCCUGAUCGGUUAACUGUAUCCAGUUAAUGAUGUUACAAGGCACUCUUUUUAAAUCGGACAAUAAUAUGGUUCUCAGCAGAUUUGAAAUGUUUGUGCAACAGUGCAAUAUAUUAUGGUAAAAGUUACGUAUCCAAGUUCUGUACUUUUCUUUUCUUUUUAUUAUGAUGAAAGUAAUUGUUAGAUGCAUACCCAAAUAGCUUAAGAUGUAUUAGUAUAAUUCAUCUGGAAAGAAAUUUGUUUCUUUUGAGUUUAGUGUUAUGAAAUGUAAAUUGUUUAUUGGGAGGUACAUCUUUCUUUAUUACUCUUCUUUAGUAUGUGAGUUAUGCUGUCAUUGUGAAACAAAUGACCAAGUGUAAAUUGACUGUAAUUAAAAAGGCAUCCAAUUUAUUGUACUGUAGCGUGGGGUAUUGUGUAUUGUAUUUUUCUACAACAUUUUGCUUUUAUAUAAAGAAGAGUAGAAUUUCUUGUUGUAUAAAGAAAAUAUAUUAAGAAGAAAAAUAUAUCUGAAGGUUUGAAGUGUGUUAUA